CCUAUCGGCCGCCUAAAAAGUCUGUCACAAUGUGUCCUACAAAGGAGAUGCUGCUACUGCUUGUAGCUUUUGUGUCCUGCGCCGAGGCAGAAAACUACUGUGUAAGAGGCUUGUGUCCCAAAGGCACUAGCCACAUUGCCUGUAACAAUAAAGGAACUUUCGGCAGUUCCUGCCCCGCGAACGCCACUAUAAUCCCUUUGGCCCAAAAGGACAAAGAUUUCGUUAUCCAGGCACACAAUUCGCUGCGAAGCAAGUGGGCUAGCGGGCAGGGAAGAAUCCAGAGAACCGCAUGCAAAAUGGCCUCCAUGGAAUGGGACGAGGAACUUGCCGGGUUGGCGGAACUGAAUGUGAAAAGCUGUCAAAUGAAGCACGACUCCUGUCACAAUACCGAGGAGUUCGUACAAUCUGGUCAAAACUUAUUCAUGGUGGGAUAUUUUGGAAGCGGGGAUCCGGCGACUACAGAAGACGUAUUCAGCGAAGGAAUCAAUGAGUGGAUAGACGAGGAUGCAGCUGUUACAGAAGAGGAUUUACAAAAAUUUCCAGAGCCGGUGGAGGGGCAAGAAAUCGGUCACUUUACAGUUUUGGUUAACGAGAAUAACGUAGCUGUAGGCUGUGCCAUGGUUACCUUUUAUUUGGACGACAUCGAGUACUUCUUGGUGGCCUGCAAUUAUGCUGUGACCAAUACCCUUGGACGCCGGGUCUACAGCAGCUGUCCAGUGGCUGGUAUUCAGUGUCCCAAUGGCUUGGAUGACAAGUUUACGUCUUUAUGUGUCUAAAGUGUAUUGGACGAUGCACUCUUAACUAAGUUAUGACGCAUGCCGCCUGUCCUGUGAAAAAUUAAAAAUAUUAAAAAAAAAGCGCAAUCAUCCUUCUGUUAA